AUGGCACCCGCGACCGGACCCGUGCCGUCGAUAGCUGGACGAACUCCGAUAGCAUGUCUCAACUGUGCCAGCGCGAAGACAGGAUGUGACAAGGCGGUGCCGUGUUCGCGGUGUGCGGAAAAGAACUUACCUUGCGAGGCCAGGUUCGCUCGACGUUCGGGGAAAGCUUCCAUGAGAUCUCAGGGUCUCUCCCAUGCGUCGAGCUCCCAGCGUCAGAACAGAUCUCCCGUACUGGCGAACCGUCUGGCGCCUCGGGAACCCAAGGUUGAGACUCCGCCAGCCCUGGCGGCUGCCAGUCCGAUGAGCACCCAGAUACAAAGCAGCCCCCGGCCCAUCACUACUCCUCUUUACUCGGAACCGACGGUGCCCUUCAAUUUCGGAAACACGCCUUUCCACCCCUCACCAAGCGAGAGCGUCGGCGGUGGGAUGGACAGCUUUAUGUGUAUGAGCGAUGAGGACCUGCUGAGCGGCGACCUCAACUAUCAAGACCUGAUGAUGUGGAACCCGUACCCCUCCGAGCUCGAGAUAUAUCCCAAUCCCAUGAGCGGCAAGCUGGCCCCACCGUUCAUGGAGAUGACAGAGUCGAUGAUCUCGGCGUCGCUGCACACCUCUAUCUCUAUGCCGCACACGGGAUCGACCAGCAUCUCCUCGAAGGCCGAUUUCGAGAGACCCUUCCAAGUCGUGGAGACGCACGCUUUGAGUCCCGGCGAGCAGAUGAUUCCCGAGUUCGAAGUCGUUAUUGCCGCGGAAGCAGCCUGGCCUCUCGCCCGUUGCAAUCGCCCCAUAUUCUCGGGCGCUUGUCCAAGAACCGCCAUAAUCCACCUGGAGAACCUGGAGCAGCACUCUCGCUACGAGAACACCUGGAACAUGCUUGACAGCAUCAUCGCGUCCUCGGAGAUGGAAUACAAGCACCAGAUCUCCGUGGUCCCUUUCGGGCCCACCACGCGCGAUCGUAUCCUGGCCAUUACGCAGAGCUUCCUGCACACAGCGCUCGAGACCCACCGUGGCGGCAUGAAGGUCUCGUGGGACCGAGGAAGUCCGCAGUCGAACUUCAACUUCCUCGUCCUCCCGCCGUCCAAGGUCCUGGAGUUCUUCCUGCGGAGUUACGUGCGGAGUCUGGCGCCCUACUACACGUUGAUUAACGGCGGCAGUCUCGAUCCUAACGAGCUGAUGCUCAACAACCAAGCCUCGACUCUCCUCCUCCUGUUGAUGAUUGCGAGCGGUGCGACGGCCGUGCAAACGUCUGAGGCGAGAUGUCUCACGGCCGGCUUGACCGAGACCUGUCGCAUCUCCCUCUUUAACAUCAUCGAGAAGGACGUCGAGCUGUCGGCGGAUCCUGUCGUCCUCAGAUGCGCCUUGCUGUUUACCAUCCUCGGCGCGUGGAGUGGCGAUGCGUGGCAUAUGAACAUUGCUAUGGGCCAGCGCGGGAUGUAUCUAUCGAUGCUGAAGCAUGCCGGCAUGCUGGAGCCCGUGAUCCCCAAGACCAUCUUGACGGAUCCGUCGAACAUUGAACUUCAGUGGCGAGCGUGGCAGCAACAAGAGAGCAAGAACCGGCUCGUGUACAACUGGGUCAUGGUCGACCAAGAGCUGUCGCUGUUUCACGACACGGCGCCCAUCCUCUUGAUCACGGAACUGCAGAACCCGAUGCCAGGAAUGGAACGUCUCUGGCUCGCCAAAGACUCGACCGAGUGGCUCGCGGCGUUGCAGCAGACGCACUCGGGCUGGACGUCGCCCAACGCGCUCGAGCUCCGGCCCCUGACUCCGUCGCUUUGCGACCUCUUUCAGGACCUUCUGCACGAUCACCUCGGCCACCGCCCCGAGCCGCUCUCGCCGCUGCAGCUCAAGCUCCUGCUCCACCCGCUGCAGUCGCUGCUCUGCCACCUGCAACAGGUCCUGCACUGCUUCGGAGACGCCUUCACCGGCGGGCGCCGGGGUACUCGUACGGUCACCAAGGCGAGCACUACGCUCCGGUUGGAGGAAGUACAGUCCCUACUGAAAACGUGGUACGAGCUGUGCGAGGCGCACGCCAAGGCCGACCCGGGCUGUCCCGUUACGCGUGCCAACCUUGUGCUCUACCACCUCAUCAGCCUCAACGCUGUGACUGCCUUCCCGGAGAUCGAGCGCCUGGCGCGCCGGGAGGCCUUCGAUGGCUCGCGUCAGCAGCUCGCGGCCCGGUGCCGGCUCGGCGUCCACCAACCCGAGGAGGCACUUUUUCAUUGCGGGCAGGUCCUCCGCCUGGUGGUUUCCAUGCCGCGGGACGGCAGGCCCCACUGGUGGGCGACGGCCGUCUACCGCGCCGCGCUGGUUCUGUGGGUGGUGAGCCUGUCACGCGUGGAUCCGCCGGGGCAGGCGGAGAAGGGGCCCAUGUUCGCCAUUGACGCCGUGAUGCCGGAUGACCGGGCCGUCAUGGCGUACCUCUGGAACGGCGAGGGCGUGCCGGUGCUGUCGAACGGGGACCGGCACGUGGCGCUGCAGCCGGAUGUCGUGUUAACGCACUGCGUCUCGUUGCUGGACCAGGGCGUGGCACUGCGAGUGAGCGAUGGCAUCAAGCGGAAGCUACAGGCCCUGUCGAGGAAUUGGAAUAGUCCGGAGUUGUUGGCUCGUCAGGAUCAACAUCAACAUUGA